AUUGUGAAUGUAAGAAAAAGUUGAAGUCACAACCAUCAUUCGUUACUUUUCAUACGGGUCAUGCGGUGAAGUAGACUUCGGGGUGUGGAAGUGACUUUACCCUAGGGACCCUUAAUAUUUUUUGUGUUUAGUUGUAUAACUUUCUGAAGGAAGUGUUUUUUAGAUAUUAAGCACACCCUUUAAAAAUGUUGGAAUUAUCUAAAAAACUUGCCUCUUUUUACCCCACCUACGUUUUGGCGAUUGUGUCUAUUGGAUAUAUAUGUGGGGAAUUGGGUCACUAUCUAAUAGGUGUUACAAGUAAAGCUAUAGCUCAAGAUUUACAUUUUGGUGACAUCGCAUGUCAACUUAAUUUGACAGAUGUAUAUCUUAGCGAACUGCCCGUACAAUGUUCCAGUGCCAACGACUCGGACACUUGUGCUUCGCUGACGUUAAAUGGAACAAGAUACUGCGAAUGGACUUACAACGGAUUGGGUUUAGAUUACCAAAUUUUAGCUGGACCCAGUUUUAUAGCCGUUUUUACUAUAGUUGGGGUUAUUAUGGGUUAUUUAGCUGAUAAAUUCAACAGAGUGAGAAUGUUAGCGAUUUGCACUGUGGUUUUUGGCGUUGCUAUAAUUUUGAGUGGCGCUGUUAAUGAAUUCUGGCAAUUGGUACUUUUACGUAUGGUAAUGGCAGCUGGGGAAUCUGGAUGCAAUCCUCUGGCAACAGGAAUACUUUCAGAUAUUUUUCCAGAGGAUAAAAGAGCUCUGGUCAUGUCAGUUUUUAAUUGGGGAAUAUACGGAGGAUACGGUAUUGCUUUUCCUGUCGGUCGUUACGUUCCUCCGAUGAACACUUGGGGUCUAGGUUGGAGAAUAACUUACUACGGUGCCGGGAUCGUAGCUUUAAUUCUUGCUGCUCUCGUUUGGUUCACUCUGAAAGAACCGAAACGUACUGUUAUCGGAGAAGAUAAUUCUCAAGACGAAGACGCGAAAAAAAUAACAAUUUGGCACAUUAUAAUAGAUCCCAAAAUAAUUCUGUUGUGUUUGGCCGCUUCCAUUAGACAUUGUGGUGGAAUGUGCGUUGCUUACAAUUGCGAUUUGUAUUAUCAAACUUACUUUCCAGACUACGAUUUGGGUUGGUGGUUGUUUGCUGUAACUAUAGUUAUUGGUUCAAUUGGAGUAGUUGCGGGAGGAGUUAUUUCAGAUAAAUUUGUGGCUAAAAUGGGUAUAAGAUCUAGAUGUGUUAUUUUAGCUGUUAGUCAGAUAGCAGCGACACCUUUCGCAUUUGGAAGUGUUUAUUGUUCUCCCGUAGGAGCUAUGAUCACCUUGGGAAUCUCCUAUUUCUUCGCUGAAAUGUGGUUCGGGAUUCUUUUCGCUAUGGUAGUGGAAAUCGUACCGUUGCAUGUCAGAUCUACAACAGUUGGAGUAUUUUUGUUUGUGAUGAACAACAUUGGAGGAAAUUUACCGAUUGUUGUCGAACCGGUUUCGAAACAAAUAGGAUACAGAGAGAGCUUGUAUAUAUUCUAUGUAGGAGCUUAUGCUUUUAGUUCUUUAUUGUUCCUGUUUACGACGUUCCUCAUGGAAGGACCGAAAAAACCACAAGAUCCUCCAAAGAAUUUGACCGGUCAUGAUAAUGUUGUUUUCACAGGGGACGAAAUCCAUUUACCAACGAUUACAUCUUUAGUGAAAAACACCAAAAAUAUGGAGAACGAAAAUCAUCGGUUAUAGAAAUUUGUAGUACAAAUGAAUAGUAACAUUUUACGAUAUCAUUCAUAUUUUUCGUGUUAAUAACACGCUUUACUAGAAUGGAAUUACGAUGUGUUAUUUCCGCUAUAAUGACUAUAAAAAUAAUUAAACAAAAAUAGAAUGUAUGAAUGAAUUUUUGUUAUGAAAAAUGAUCGUAAAAUGUUAAUGUAUAUUUUUUGUAUAUAAAUUUUAUUUUUAUUAAGUUAUACUGUGAUCCAAGAUAUUUCUUAAUACUGUAGACAGUAACAAAUUAAAUUUUACGAUAAA